GAGGGCGGGAGCGGAGGCGGGACUGGCGUUGAUGUUCACAGCUCGGCGCGGGACAGUUUGUGUGUGUACACGCUCGGUUGUGUGUGUUUUUUUUUUUGAAACUUCAUUGACACAUUGAAGAAUGUUUGCGGCCGACGGUGUCGUCUCGUUGGCCACUUUCGCUCGUCGUAUUCCCAGAAUGGCCUCAUGAAGAGCCGAAAGCAGGGCUCCGCCGGGGGCGCGAAGCAAAGAGCCCUUUGCGACGUGCCGGCCUCCACCAGCCUGCCCCCCCUGGUGGAAGGUGAGCUGCGCGGCUUCCUGCGCGUGACGGUGAGCCGCCUGCUCUGGAGCGUGCCCAGGCCUCCGCCGGCGACGCGGGUGCGUCUUCGCUGGUGGGGGGAGUCGUCGGACGGCACUCACUUCAGCCCCCCGGAUGACACGGCGUCGUCGCACAGGAGCGUCAAAACCACAGCCCGCUUCCCCGUGCGCUGCGGUCCCAAGCAGCUUACCUCCUACUUGGCAGAUAUGGGCAACUUGGUGCUGGAGGUUUUGAGCGAGCAAGAUCACCUUCCUGUGGCGCGCGCUCAAGUGCAAGAGAUCUCCCGCCUCUCCCGGUCGCACCCAAUCACCGGAUUUCACACCCUGGUGUCACCCACAUCCAAGAAGCUCGGCCAGCUGGAGGUUUCGCUCCAUUUGGAGCCUCUGGCCCCCGCCGCCCACUCGAACGGCAACGUGCCUCAGGUGGCCUCGCCGGCUACGCUUGAGCAGCCCCCCCCACCUCCCGAUGCCGACAAAUCAGGGAAAGAUCGCUCCGAUUUCCAAACCACGCAGACGGAGCAAGACGAGUCAGCGGAGAAAUUGAAAUUGCGAGCAAACGGCCACAUCGAUGCGGAUCAGCCUGGAAAUGACAUCCUGUCAGUCAUUUUGGAGCGUGGCAACAAACUUCGGGACGCUAUGUUGGUGUCGGCGUUGAAAAGCGACGUGGGCGCCGCCCCGGUUCUCAAAGACCUCCAACUCCCACUCCAGAGGGACAACGUCAGACCACUUCCCAUCAGGGUCCCCGAAAUGGUCCUCGAAAAUGUCCUGCGCCUCGAUUCAGAUGUCAGGCACGCGGACGAUGACCGGGUGGGCGACUGCGGCCUGGGUUGUUCCCCUGACAUGGACCACAGAGCUGUGGACCUCCUCCUGGGCAGGCUCAAGACAUCCCCGCCGCCUUUGUGGCGGGGCGGCGGCGCCUUCCCCGAGUCUCUGUCGAGUCACAGCAGCGUGAGCGGCGACAGCGAGCUUGGCGACCCGCAAUAUGAUCACAGCUUGCUGGAAAAUCUCUUCUACAAAAGCCCCGCGACAGAUCUGAGAGCGGAUGAGACGGCGGGCGGCGGCGAGACUUCAUCCGGGGCCGAAAAACACUCGCGGCAGCCCGCGACCGGGACGAGCGACAAUGUCGUUUCAGAGCUUGGAGGUGCCCUGCCGGAUCCCGCCAUCCCCCUGAGUCAGGAGCAGCGGACCUUUCUGAGUUUCAUGCGAUGGGCCAAAGUGACGGUCGACUCCAUGAGCGUGCCCGCAUGUUGCGACAGCCCCCCGCCCGAGAACACCCCAAACAAAUCUCCUUCACCGUUACGCCGAAAGAAGCGCACGUAUUUUGUCGAGUAUACGUUCCCCAAGACUUCCUCUUCCAGUCGACACGGCCGAAGCGCGGAAGUGACCAGAGCCGCUUCCAGUAACGUCGCAGGAGGAGCGGUGAGCUUCCGUCGGCUCUCGGUGUUUCCCGUCCACUUCAGCAGAACAUCGGUGGAAGUCUGGUGGGAAACGGAUCUCCUUUUUCGAAUUUACGCCAGAAAAAGUGACCAAAAGAAAGCCGUUUUGAUCGGAGAGGCCGCUCAUCCGCUGCGAAGUCUGCUGCAGAGCCGGCAGCUCAGCCAGUCGCUCACGUUGCCGGUGCGCAGCGUGGAGGGCGCAACGCGGGAACUCUGUCUUCUCAGGGUGCUGCUAGAACUUUCCACCGACACCGGAGGCAUUGACGUGUGUGAAAAGAGAGAGGCCUCGCCAUCGGGGCCUACGCGUAGUCCUCGGAGGGACUCGCGCGCCGCGUCGCAACGCGUCAACUUUUGUUCGGAGGAUCUCGCCGCUCGCUCGUCAGAAGACGUUGCCGUAGGAGCGCCUGCGUCCCCGCGCCACGCCGCGCCCGCAUCUCGACGCGCCACGGAGGAAGAGCCCGAGGUCCUGCUGCACACGUUGCUGAUGGUGCCGGACGGCAAGAACUUCACCGGUGGGCCGGCGCGGGCCAUCAACGUGUACUUGAACUGCAAGCUCUUCUGGUGCGACGAGGUGGCGAGGUCUGCGGUCAGCUGGGGACGCGCCAAUCCUUCCUUUCAUUUUGUCCAGGUAACUCCCGUGGCUUUGACCGCACGCUUACUGGAGCGCAUGAGGAACAAUGUGAUGGUCAUUGAAGUUUGGCAGAAGACGGACAGCUGCGGCCACGAGACGCUGCUCGGUCUCGUCAAGCUGCCUCUCCACCAGUUCUACAUGUCUUUCAGGGAUCCAAAGAUCGCCCACCUCCUCCUGCGGGCGCAGUAUCCCGUUUUAGGGGCGGACUGCUACAUGCCAGUGGUGGACGUGUUCUCGGGCGGCUGCCGAGGAAGCCUCAGGGUGACGCUGGCCAUGGGCCUCUGCGAGCAGGUGCUCGCCCUGCAGCGCGCCAGAGACGAGGAUGGCGAGGCGCCGGGCCGCCCGCCCCUCAGACCGCUUCACCUGCUCGACCACCAGCCCGGCGGGCCCGCCAAGGUCAUCGCGUCACCGGCACAGGCGACGAUCGAGCACGUGUUUGUGAUCAGGGUGGAAAAGGUGACGGGCCUGACUCCUCUGCAGUCGACGGUGUGGGGGGAGGCCGACUGUUACGUCCAGUACGCCUUCCCCUGCCAGGAAGGCGGCGAUGCGGACGCCACCCUCGACGAAUAUAACGCCAACUUGAAGCCUUUUCGUACCACCGCCACACUGUGUGUGCCCGACCCGAUAUUUGGCCACACGGAGACGCACGCCCUCUUGACUCCCCAAGGCGUUCCCGUUCAGAAGCUUCUGCUCGGCUCUCUUUCCAGCCAAGGUCUAAGCGGCGGAGGGGGUGUCCAUUUUGAAGUGCGGUGCAGAUAUUACUAUCCCAAUGUGCGAGACCAGCUGGUGGCCAAAGGAAUCCUGCCCUUGUCCAAGCUGUGCGCCAUGGUCACCAUGCAGGGGCGCCAUCCCGACGAGGCACGCUCGUUCUCGCUACCGCUGCUCCCCAGACUGGACGGCCUGGCGGCACAUCGGCCUCUGCCCUCUGGCCUCCUGGACGUGCGCGUCCGCUACAAGCGCCGCCCGGUCCGAGCGGACGCGCCCGCGGGCGAGGGGCCGGCCUCUCGUCUCGUGACCCUCGUGGUUCAAGUGCACAGAGGGUGUGGUUUGCAGGCAGCGGCCAGAGCCGUCGCCCGGCGAGACGAAAGCUACGACUACUUUGCCGGCGUGGGCGUCAAUUCCUACGUGAGCGUCCGCUUGUCCUUCUUGCCCGACGACGAGGCGACGCGCACCCGCGUGGCCGCCAGGACCUUCUGCCCCGAGUUUGAGCACCGCGCCGAGGUGCGCUGCCACGCGCUGGUCCGCCAGAGCGGCGGUGAAAUCUGCAGUCUGGCCGAGCAGCUGGCCGAAGCCUGGGCCGUCUUCACCGUCUGGAAUCAAGACAACCGCAAAGGUCUUACCUCCGGGCCUGCGGCUGUGGUGUUGGGCACUGUGAAAAUCCCGCUGGCCGACCUCCUGCGGAAAACAACAGGUAUUUCCGGCUGGUUCGCCAUCUACGCCGCCCGGCAAUCUCCCGAAAGUCAGCAGACGUUAGUCGGAGGCCUGGAAGUCUCAAUCGGCUUCGCCCACCACUCGGAGCGGGAGCGGAUCAUUCAGGCGGCUCGGGAUUUGGGCUGGGAUCCGACCCGGGCUCGGGUGGACCCCGACGACUGGGGCGCCUGGGAGCAGGGCGCCGAGAAGUUCUCCCUGAGCUUCGCCAUACCCAGGGCCUGGUUGCCCCUGCCUUGCCUGCUCCUGCCGGGCCACGACACCCUGCAGCGCUCCACCUACUGUUACCUGCGCUACAAGUUCUACGAGCACGAGGCCUUCUGCUCGCACAUGAAGCACCCGUGCGCGGCCGAGGGCGAGGGCGACCGGGCCACCGUGACCUUCCAGGGGAGUCGCACGGUGGAGCUGAUGAGCUCUCAGCCGCUCAUGUGGUACCUUCGAGAGGAGAGGCUGGAGGUGCAGGUGUGGGUGGCCUUCCACAAAGACAAAAGCCAGAGGCCCCGGGACACGGACCGCCUGCUGGGGUCCGCUUUCAUUGAUCUGUCCUCGCUUGCGAAGGCUUGCGACCAGAAGUCGACUCUCAGUGGAGUGUAUCCGCUCUUCAGGCGCUCGGCAGCCGACCUGCGCGGCGCCGCUCUGCGGGUGCACAUCAGCCUCACCCCCGGCGGCCUUCCGCCACCUCAAGACCACCCGGCGGAGUCCGACAGCCAGGAGGAGACCUUAGUCGAGGAGCCGGCGGCGCCUAUGGAGCCGCCUAUGACGCCGCCUAUGACGCCGCCUACGACACCGCCUCAAACGCCGCCUCAAACGACGCAAAGUGGAACCGCCCGAGACGUCAGCUUGUCGCAGCCGAGUGAAAUAUUGAGCGACGACCAAUCCUUCCCGGUCACGCUUGCCGUGCACAGGGCCAAGAACCUCACUCUGAAAGGUGGCCCGCCGUCUGAGAGCGGCGAAGGGACGCUGCGCUGCUACGUCUCGUACGCCGCCGCCGACUCGGCCGAACCCGUGUCCACAGCCGUGGUGGCCGACGCCGACUCCCCCGUGUGGGACCACUGGCGCGACUGCAGGCUGGCCAAGCGGCUCCUUCUUGACCCUCAACAGAGCUUGGUGUUCAAAGUCUGGCACCAAGGCGGCGCCGCCGACGCCGAGCGGGUGAUCGGCUUCGCUUCGGUCGAUCUGACCCCGCUGCUGUGCGGCCUGCAGUCGCUCUGCGGCUGGUACAACGUCACCGACUUCGGCGGCCAUUGCCGCGGCCAGCUCAAAGUGAGCGUCAAGCCGCUCAAGUGGGUGCGAGACCUCCGCGGGCAAAGGAAAGCCGCUGCCGACGUGGAGCCUUCGUGGCAAGUUGCACCUCGCAGCUACCACACCACCGCCACGUACAGCAGUUUCCCGUCACACAUCAGCCGAUACCCCGAGCAGCACAUCUCUUCGCCCGACCGUGCCGAGGCCAUCUUCCCCAAAAGCUCUGUGCCCAGCGAGAGCGAGCGCCACCACGAGCACAUGCAAAAGGUGCGCCUUCAUCAUCGCAGCCUUCAGGAGCAAGCUGGCCUUCACUCGGCCUGCGAUGGCGGCGACAUCAACCCCUCUGGCUCUCUAAUCUUCUCCGCAAUCAGGAAGAUUAUGAGCGAGCAGGACAACAUCCAGAGAUACUUCAGCAGCAAGAUGGCGUCGCCUUCCUUCCUGCCCGCCACCGACCGAGAUGAGCAGAAGUGGCACGACGGCGACACGCCGCAGCUUCUUGCCGCGUCCCAACAGUUAGCUGGUCAUGUCCACAAUGGUCAACAGCGAGAAGCCGUUUCCUCCGUCCUCCACGGCGGAUCGGCCAAAGAGAACCGGACCGACGUGAUCGCCGGCCCACACGCCGCUUCCCGUCACCGGCCACCGCCAUUUCCUAGCUCUCAGCCAGAGGAAGAAGAGGCCGGCGGGCACGACGAGGGAACAGAAGCCACCGAUGAAGAUGAAGAAUGUCAAUCGACCUGCAGCAGUGAGGACGAUUACGAGGAAGUGGUGGUGGAGCCCAGGAAUUUGAACGAUGUGACCAUUUCCACCGGGAAGACCAGUCUGUGGAAUAGCAUCUCUUCCGAACGCCCGGAGGCCCGGGGCGAGCGUCGGGCGAAAUCCAGCAGGAAAGGGGAAGUCAUCGCCUGGGGCUGCCCGGCUGACGGCUUUGAUAAAUCAUCAGAAGAAGCUUCAAUCUCUCAAAGCGAUGACGACACGCCGGCGGCGGGCUCCGCGCCCGAGAACCAAGUUUCCCUUCCCAACUUUUUCCUGCCCUCCGACCAGCUGGAGGCCUCUCUCAGAGUGGUCAGCUUGGCGCCCUCUUUCAACAAUUCAUGCAGCGACACGGAGCGUGGCCUGACUCCGCCUCAGAUUCCUCGCAGAGGUCCUCGACGCUGUCCCGACAUGUCGCCCGCUUCCAGGAAGAGACAGACGGAAAGAUUUGCCAGAAUAUGCGCCACUCGCUUGGACGACGAUGACGAUUAGCGCGCGGUACAGAGCAGCGUGUGUUUUGAUGUAUAGAAAUGGCGGCAAGAUAGGAGGGGGGGGGGCGCGAUAAAGUAAGUGUCAUAGUUUGUAUUUUUCUAAAUAAAUAUUUUCCAUCCAUU